AUGCAGUUGAAGGGAUUCCUCCCUCUUGCCUUCGCUGCUCUGGCGGCGGCGGCUGAGCCGCUGGCCGCCGUGCUCAAAACCCACAAUGCCAGUCUGAGUACUUUCAAUGCUAUGCUCGCGAUGGUUCCAGCCAUCAGCCAGUCCCUAGCCACCUCCAAGGACUUCACCAUCCUCGCUCCCUCGGACGACGCCUUUGUCAAAGCCAUGCAACUGGACCCCACGUUUGCUCAAAAGGCAACCAACGUCACCUUCGUCACCGAUCUCCUCAUGUACCACGUCGUCACCGGCAAGACCACCUCCAGCGCGUUCUCCUCGAAGCCCAAGUUCGCCGCCACCAUGUUCGAGACGCCCUUCGCCAACGUCACGGGCACCCAAAAGGUCGAACUCGCCAAGAUGGCCGGUAAGGCUGUCGUCUUCAGCGGAUACAAGCAGAUGAGCAUCGUCUCGACGCCCGACAUCUCCUUCACGGGAGGCGUGUUGCACGUCCUCGACUCGGUCCUGACGUUCCCCGGAACCCCCGCCGAGACGGCCCUGAACUCGGGUCUGACGAGUAUGGCGGGUGCUCUGACGAAGGCCGGGCUCGUCGACGGCGUCAACUCCCUGCAGGCUGCUACCGUUUUUGCGCCGACCAACGCUGCCUUCCAGGCCAUCGGGCUUACGGCCGCGCAGAUGCAGCCGCAGGAUCUCGCCAAGAUCCUCCAGUACCACGUCGUCACGAACCAGGUCCGCUUCAGUUCUGGUAUUACAACAAAGAUGGGAUUCAAGAGUUUGAUGGGAGAGAAGGUCACGCUUCGGAAGGAACAGGGCUCUGUCUUUGCCAACUCUGCAAGAGUUACUGUGUCCGACAUUAUCACUAGUGAUGGUGUCAUGCACGUUAUCGACAGUGUUCUCAACCCAGCCCAGCCGAAGCUGACCCCUCAGACAUCCUCCGCGACCUCGCCCUCCGCCUUCAACGGCGCCGUCUCCGCCGCCAACGCCCCCUUCGCCGAACUCGUCCGCCCGACUGCCAACUUCGUGCUCGCCGUUACCUCGAGCGCCAGGACCGUCAAGAUCAGUCUGGGCUCCGCAGUGCUUGGUUUCCUGGGAUGCUUGGCGGUGGUCAUGCUCGACCUUCACUUCAAGCAUCAUGAUUUGGAUCGCGUGCGGCAGACGGCGCAGUGGAUUGUGGCCGAGGCGGAGCGGUAUCAGGUCGGCCGGGUAGUGGUGUGUGGUGAUCUUCUGACGAGCCGCACGACCCAGUCGACGCACGUCUUGUCUGCAUGUUAUCGCUUCAUCAGUCUUCUCAGCGACGUCGUGCCGCGAGUGCACAUUCUACUUGGGAAUCACGACCUCGCCUACCGUCGCGACUAUGAGACUACGGCCCUCGACGCCUUCAACAUGAAACGCCUGGCGCCGUACGUAUCUCUACACAGCGCCGUCACCCGCUGCGAAUGGGAUGGGAGAAGCGUCCUCCUACUGCCGUUUCGCGAGGAACAGAACGAGCUCACAGAUGCGGUGGCGGCUCUCGAUCCCAGCGAGGCAAGCCACACGGUUGCGUUUGCCCAUCUCGCGAUCAACAAAGCCAUCACGCAACGGUGCGUGGUCAGCCCCGACGUUCGCAAACCUCGAGCAGUGAAUUCUGUCACCUACCACGGCUUUACAGGCCCGGAUCGGUUUGCAGCCCUCGCCCGGACCUUCACGGGGCACUUCCACAGCCAUCAGACCAUCACCCAGAAGAACUGCAGUAGCAACACCGUCAAUCUGCAGGGAAGCGUCACUUACCUCGGCUCGCCCUUGCAGCUGAGCUGGGCCGACCUUCAAGACGAGCAGCGUGGAGUAGUUCUGUUUGAUCCCGAGACGCUUGAGCACGAACUGCUUAUCAACCCACAUGCCGUCGGCUACAGAACGGCCGACCUUCAGCAAGUUCUUGAUGGUGAGAUUGAAGAGAGUGACAUGACAGACAAGCAUGUCAUGCUCCUCGGCAAGCUUACCCAUCUGAAAUAUGUCACUGCUCGCGACAAACUUCUUUCGCUGGGCGUGCGAAGCGUGCGGCCCUGGACCCCUUCGGGAUUUGCCUUACAGAACGAGCGUCUGUCGUCUGGCGGUCUCGGCGCAUCGGUGCCGGCAAGCGAUCUCAAUCUUCAGCAUUUGGGGGAGCCCACUGAGCGUGGGGAGUGUCCAGGCACAAUUACACCCACCGACGGUAUUACGGGCACUGACUCCGACGGUGAACCUCGAGCUGAAAGACUCGACAUGUCUACGGAAGCCCGCGAAUAUGUCGAGUCUUUGGAUUUGGACGAAUCUCUUCUUUCACGACGGGAUGAGUUGGUACGGGUUGGCCAACGCAUUAUCCAACGCUCCCGUGAUAUUGCUGAUGAGGAUGACGAGGCCGAGAUCGCUUAUGAAGACUUUCUCGACAGUUCAUCUCAAGCUAGCGGCACGAGAACCGCCAACAAAGUAACAGAUCUCUGUGCCGAUGUCUUCGUCGCCGAGCCUCUCACGCUCACAAUCACCAACUUCCUCGCUGUGCAGGACACUACGACCGUUGACUUUCGAGAGGAUAUCAAACGUGGGUUGAAUUUCCUCGUUGGUGACAACGGUUCCGGUAAGAGCACGCUCAUUGAGGCCAUGGUGUGGUGUCAGUUCGGGCAGUGUCUCCGUGGUGGGUUGGCGGUCAACGACGUCGUCAACGACAAGGCGGGCAAGAACUGCUCCGUCGUGUUGGAGUUCGCCAAUGGCUACUCUAUCGCACGGUAUCGCAAGCACAAGACCUACAAGAACCGCGUCGUCGUCUCUCUACAUGGCGAGCCGCAGCUACAGCUCGAGCACCCAGACGCGCGGACGACCCAGGCGGCAAUCAACGAGCUGCUUGGGACCGACUACGAAACAUAUGUAAGGACCAUUGUUCUGAGCCAGGAGAGUGCAGCAGGCCUUCUCAACUCGACACCGGCGCAACGGCGCGAGCUGAUCGAGUCGUCACUCGGACUAUCGAUAUUGGAUGACUGCGGGAGGGCGUCGAGGCUGUUGCUGAAGAAGGUGGACACCGAAGUGAGUGAAGUGACAUCCAAGUCAAACAGCUUGCUUAGGACGGUGGAAUACCACGAAAGGCAUCUUCAUGAUCUGAGCAGAACGUAUAGACGAAUCGAAGCUGAGGCGGAAGAGGCCGUCAUAACUUUCCAGGCAGCUGAUCGGGACUUCUCAGAGAAACGAGGCCAGCGUUUCGAGCCCGACAUGAGCAUUCGAUCCAAGAUCUCCGAGUUGCAGAGUCAGAUCCGCACUGAGGAAGAGGAUCUACAACGACUGAAAGGACUAUUUGACCGAACACGGGCGAAGGCCCUGCAGGAGAAAGCUCUACAGGAAAAGGCACGACAGGAGAAGGCGCAUGCUCGUGCGAGGUCUUGGCCGGAUUGGCUACAUCGGCAGCUAGAUCAAAGGCUGGAGAAGGUCGCAUCAGCUCACCCCACAAGCUGGCGCAAGUUCCUCCAGAGUAUUGAACUUAUGGCUCUACAUUUACUGUCGGCGACGUUGAGGAGCCUGGGGGUAGUACCAAGAGUCCCAAAGGAUAGCCCGUGUGAAGGCAGCGAUCACAUUCGCGACCAAGAACAUGAAGCAACAAUCAGGAGUUUGCUUCAGGAUAUCGAUCAUAUCACGUCACGGUUGGAGAGCCUGAAGCAGGAAGAAAGCGUCAGCGUCAACCACCUCGUCACAAUGAACGAGCAGUUCGAGCAGACCAUGCGAACUCAAAAGGCGCUCGACGCUCUGCAGCAAGAAGUCAUCAGAAAGCAAACCGACGCAGCCACAUAUAAGGCCUUGGCUGAAAAAGCACAAUUGUCUCUACACAUCCUCCACUCGGAACACGACGAGCUGACCGUCAAGCUCGGGGAGCUUGCCGCCAACCGCGAGCUCUUUGCCUUUUGGUCCUCGACCCUGGCGAAGCGCAGCCGCGGCGCUUCGUCUUCCUCCUCGUCCACCUCCGCCGCCACCACAGCAAACAGCUUCCGCGAGCAGAUCCUCCAAAAGUCGCUGGGGGAGCUGAACGUGCUCCUCGCGAAAGUCCUUACCACGUUGUACGACGACACUUGGCACGCACGAAUGGCAACGGGGGUCCUACAAUCGCUGUUCGACUCUGAAUCUGCAGAUGAAACGACAGAUACGUCACUCUCGGGAUCUGUCCUGGGUCCUAAUCUCGCAGUCCGUUCCUCGCUCGCCUACAGCAAGCGCUCGAGCGGCGAGCGCAAGCGCGUCGAUCUCGCGCUCUUCUUCGCGUUGUUACAGUUGUCGCGAGCUAGGAGUGCACAUCGCGCACACUACGUGCUCGUCGACGAGGUGUUCGACAAUCUUGACAAGCAGGGCACGGCGGCCGUGGUCAAGUGGUGCGGCGUCAUGUCACAAACGGUGGUCCGCUGGAUGAUAGUGAUCACGCACAACCAGGUUUUGGUUGGACAGGAUCUGGAGCAAUACGUGGGCAGAGCCGUGAUUGCGGAGGCAAGAAUGGGUCAAGGAGGCACAGAGUCCGCCGCCAUCAAGAUCGUCCCUUCACCUACAAAACUCAACGCUAUCAUGUCAUCUUCACUCUACACACAACUUCCGCUCGCUCACCCCGAUAGGCAGAUCAGGCUGCUCCGUCCCGAGCCGCCGUCUCCCGAUCACGAUGAUCCCAUCUUCAGCUUAGCGGUCCAUGACUUCGACGAGAACAGCUACCCACAAUACAUCGCAAUAUCCUACACAUGGGGCUUACCCGUUCCCCUCUUGCCGAUCGUUGUGAACGGCCACAAGGUCAAAGUGCACCUCAACUGCUGGUACGCGCUGUGGCAAAUGCGUUAUCAUGGCUAUACCAACGAGAACUUUUGGAUUGAUUCCAUAUGUAUCAACCAAUGCGACAACCACGAAAAGGCCGUUCAAGUCUCGAUGAUGGGAGCGAUUUUUUCUUCUGCCCAAUGGGUUGCGUCGUGCGUCGGCACUGGCGACAAAAUCGGCUCUCUACGCAAGAUUCUUGAAGCCGGAGAUUCUCGUGCCAUCGUCAAAGCUGGCGGGGAACUUGAUGAGCUGCCCUACUUCGAGAGGGUUUGGAUCUUGCAGGAGAUGUUUCUUGCUCGAGACAUCACACUUGCGGCGAGCUGUUCCGCAUCCAGCUUCAAGAAUCUAACCUUCGACACCCUGACCCAGGGGACCAACCACGACCUCGUCACGCGCCGCUACCUCGACUUCCACGGCCUCACAGGCACCUCCACCAUCACCUUCUACGACUCCUUCUACGACGCCGUCGCCGCGCUGAAAAACGACACCCUCGACCACGUCCUCAUGAACGCCGUGCACCCGGAAGCCCCCUCCAUCGUCGGCAGCGCCUUCCGCACCGUCUUCGUCGUCGACGCCUUCAUCUCCCCCAGCAAGCCGCUCGUGGUCGCCACGAGGCGGGACGCCGCGGACCCUCCGCGCUCCGUCGCGGUCCUGUACCCCGCCGUCGCCAACUACACCGACACGAGCAGGUGGCCCGACGUCGUGCGGGUCACCUCCGGCGGGCUCGUGCAGAUCGCGCGGGACUUGGUGGAAGGGGUGUACGACUCCGCCAUCAUCUACCGGGACACGGCGCUGGCGAACGCGGAUGUGUUGAGGAUUGACGAGGAGCUGGGGUCGCCUGACGAUGCGUGGCUGUUGCUCGGCCGCAGUCGGACUUAUACGAAUAGUGUCCUGGCAUGGCCGGAUGCGCCGGUGACGUGGCAGUGGAAGAAGCAAUGGUACUGA